AUGUCUUCUCCCAAAGCUCAAUACUUCCAGACCCCUGGACCUUGGGGCAUCGAGGCCCAAAAUGCUGGCUACUCUCAAUCGGUCAAUUUUCCCACCAAUGGCCGUAUCGCAGUCACCGCCGGCCAGCCGGGGAUUGACCUCAAGACCGGCAAGCUUGUAACCUCUUCGUUGGUGGACCAGAUCGAGGCGGCGUUCGACACUGUCGAUUCCGCGUUGAAGGCAGCGGGUGCCUCAGGUGGAUUGGCCACCGCUCAUAAGAUGACCAUCUUCUAUCUCGACAUUAGAAAUGAGCCAAUUCUCAUGGAAAUUUUCAAGAGACGAUAUCCCGAUACCAGACCGGCUCUGCUGGCCAUUGGGACUCCAACCCUGGCGAUCUCUGGUAUGCAUGUCGAGAUUCAAGCCGAGGCUGUUGUCGGUUAG